AUGGUAUUGAGGGUUAGGAGUUUUGAUGUCGUAUAUCCAGAGGGAUGCACAGAAAUUGAGGGUAGUCUUCGUCCAGAUGAGCUCAGAAAACGUAUUAAUGUAUGUGAUAUUUUUGGUUUACUCUCGAAGGAUAUAAAUGCUGCUCUGCGUACAAUCGUACGCCAGACUGGCUUGCCAGAUGAAUCACUUGAGGAGGAGGAAUCCGAGAACCGGCAAGCAGUCAAUGAGGCCCAGAAACCUAUUCAGCUGACUGGACUACUUUUUCAUCUUUUGUCUUCUCAAUUUACCCACCACUCUGAUGUUGAUAUUCGUUUGCGUAUCUGCGUGGCCGUCUGCAGACUACUAAAAUUGUUUUGUCCCACUAACCCUUUUGAAACUCUCCCAGAUUCACAGUCCCGUAUAAAGACUUGCUGUAAAUUAGAUGUAUUUACCUGGUGUCGAUUGCUUGAUGACGGUGACAAGUAUCUGCUUGAAUGCUUAAAAACAUUACUAGGAAUUACAAGGAAUCUGUCAAUAUGGGCGUGGUCAGACGAGGCAGCUGUACAGCAGUUCAUUCUUAAUACACUUGUUACGUUGAUACAACAGUCGUCCGCCAUUUUAACUGAUGAGGUUGUGGCUUACUUAUUAUCGUUUUUAAUUGAACCCUCAAAGAGUUCACAACCGCUUCAGCAUUCCUUGGUUAAAGAUUUGAUCUUACGAACAGCUACACAACUGGAAUAUCCUAUUCAAAUGCUUAUCCAAAAUUCUCUUGUAACUAGUGAUCAAAAGGGCGAAAUCUCACUGCCUGAUCAAUCGGAUUGUGAUUUUCAUUCACGGGAUCCGCUUGGCGAGCACAGUUUUGUCAUCAUUUACGCUCUUCACACAUUAAAGGAAAGUUUGGUCUCUCCAAUAUUGCCAUGCAUUGGGCUUAAGUUGAAGUCAAGUGUUGCGCGUGAACGGAAAAGAGCCUUUCGACUUCUUACCCGCAUUUUCUCUGAACCAAGUUCUACAGUCCAUCACAAGAACCCUGAUUUGUGGGAAACAUUCUUAACAAGGUUUCAUGAUAUUGACCCUGAUGUCCGCAAUUUUUGUAUCCAAAUGGUCCCUAUAAUGCUGAAGCAGAAUCCAGUGCUUCCCAGAAACAACUUGAUUGAUUGCCUUAAGUCAUGUACAAUUGACCGGGUUGAAUCCGUCCGUUUACUGGCAUUAAAGGUGGUAGCUACACUAAUGCGCGAAUCCAAAGAUGGUGAUGCUGACGCUUUGUUUGAUAUUAUCUCUAACCGAUCAAGAGACAAAUCCCUUCCUGUCCGCAAGGAGGUUUUGUCUGAAAUGGCCCAGGUUUACAAACAAAAUCUUCAAGUGACCAACCCGAACUAUGAAAAAAUGACAACGGCCCUUAAUGCGAUCAUGCAUAUGUACUAUCAGCCAACAAACGACGAUAAAAUAAUUGUCGAGAGAUUAUUUAAGAGCUGCAUAGUGCCUUAUAACUUUGGCACAAAAGACCGGGUCAAAAGCCUGUUCACGUGUUAUCAACUGGCGGACGAUGCUUCCAUUAAGGCCAUUCAGGAACUCCUCAAAAUCCAGUUUACAGGCUGUACAUUGAUGCGAGAAGCUCUGCGAAUAAUUGUUGAAAAUCCGGGCAAAAAGUUAGCGGCUCGAGCAAGCGGAAAAAUGAUGCAAAUUCUCAAUAAACUUUCUAGCUUAUUGCCGAAAUCUGAGAAGGCACUGGACCACUUGAAAAAGUUUUUCAACACCGUCCUCACUGACCGGGCCCUCAGGACUAACUGCUGUCAAUUGUUCCACCUCAAUUGCCCUUCCAAGUUGGCUGCCCAGACCAUGCACAACGUUUUGAAACGGGUGGCCGGACAAGCGCAACAUUUCAGCAGCGGUGGUGGAGGAGGCGACGGGGCACACUACGAGCACGCUGUGAAGCUCCUCUUGGAGCGCUGUGCGUCUGUUCUCUUCGAUGAGGCCUUUGGCCAGGAGCUUCUCACUCGCCUCGUUGUUUCCAUGGAAACGAAUACGUCGGAUGAAUCUAUUGAAGUGCCUUCUGGAAGUGCGGAACUGGUCAGAGGUUUGCGGAUCCUUCUUGCGCUGUCGGUUUAUCACAGGGAUGCUCUGCCGUCAGACGACAUGUUUCAAUACGUAAACAGCGUCCUUGUGGCUCACAUGAGCUCUUCGGUGUGCGAUAUGCCCGCCAAAAGUGCCUCCGAAGAGGAUCCCAGUACACCCGUCGAACUGUGUCUGCAGGUUCUCUGCUGCCUGCUGGGUGGCGGUCCGAUUUACGGCCCAAAGGAUGCGGGAGGAAGCGGAGCUGCCUUGGAUCAACACGCGGUUGACUUGCAGGCUGCUUUGACAAGCGCUGACGAAGGCGAAAAGCGCUCGAAAGGUGCAAAAUUGGCCGCCAAGCGUUCCUGUAAUGCUCACCUCUACUCCGGGUCCCAGGAGCAACUUCACCAACAAGCUCUUGAGAUUCUCCCCUUGCUUACCACUUUCUGUACCACUGGUCUCACCGCCGAUUGCCCACCCGUCCCCCCUGAGACCCCAUCCGCGGCCAAGCAGAAGCGUAAGCGUCGUGAGAAAGAGCACGCUAAGGGCGACUCCAGUAACGAAACAGUUACCGUGUACAAAGCUGGCUUAGCAUGGCGACAGGAAAAGAGGCGUACCAAGUUGGCCGUCCGGGUGCUUCGUCAGCUUCUCUCGGUGGUGCAUGCUCUGGCUGGAAAGAGCUCCACAUUCCCGAAGGGGCCCGUUUCCUCCCUUGAUGCCCAACAGGCGGAAGAGGAGGCCAGCACUGCGAAGGCUGACGGCGACUGCAAUUUCGGUGAAAUGGAAGACAAAAAAACGGAGACUGCGACAUCAAUAACAGAGGAUGACUCAGCCAAUGAAACCGAGUCCUCGUGCUCCGAUGCGUCCAGAAUGGCUGAAUUGGAAAUAAAGGUGCAACACACCCUGGAUGACAUCGUAAAGACGUGCCUGGCGUGUGAGCCCACGAGUUCGGAUUACAUUGCUUGCUUGACCUGCCUGAGUCACGUGGCCCUCCUCUUCCCGGGUGUCUAUAAUCGUCAAAUGAAGGCCCUCAUGACCGGCCACCUCAUUCCGAAUCUCAUCACAAAGGACGAGGACAAACCGACCCCGAGCUCCUCCACGAAGAGAGGUGGCUUUAGGAAACGAAAAAAGGAGAAACCAGACGACACCGAAGACACCACAAGCCCCUCCGAUUGGACAUUGGAUGGCAACGUCCCGCUGCUUACACGUGCGAAGGCAGGGCUGAAGCUUCAAAACAAACAGGUCGCUCAAGUCAUCAUUCGUCUCUUGCACCGCAUCAUUGUACACGAUGGGGACCUGACGUGCAACGGCUUAAUGACCUUCGGUGAUAUGUCUCGAAUGCGCCUCGCCGCUGCGACCUCCUGGCUUAAGAUCGCCCGUGUUCAGUUUUACGCAGAAGUCAUUGAAGUCGGCUGGUACCAGUCCAUGUCCUACGUAAUGUGUGACCCCUGCACGAACGUCAGGUCUCACUUCCUCAACGUACUGCACCAGGGUCUGAUCCAGCUGAAGCUUCCCCUGGAGUAUAUUGGGAUGUUUGUCCACGCAGCCGAUGUUCCAGAACCAGUGUUUCGGCAACGCGCGAAACAAUACCUCACAGACAACAUCAAGCGGCGUAGGGAUUUUAUUGCUAGACACGGGUCUUUUGAAGAAAACCCUAAACUGCUGUUUGCCAUAUUGCCGGAUUUUGUGCUGGCUUAUGCAAUCCACCUACUCGCCCACGACCCCGAUUGGGAGAAACCCGAGGAUGUCGCCCGCCUAUCCGCUGUGAAAGCUGCGCUCUGGUUUAUCAUGGAGCCAAUCAUGGCUGGUGGCAACAAUUACACCUUCCUGCGACAGUUACUGGAGAAAAUCAAGCACUCUCAAGACGCACUUCGCCCCGACGACGAGGUCGCAAACACGAAGAUCUACAUUGCCUGUGACAUAUCACUUGGCCUGCUUCUCACGCGUUGUACAAACAUCGUUUGGAAGGGCUGUCAGUUUGAGAUAAAACUGCCUCGCACUCUCUUCCUUCGUGCUCCUCCCUCCUUUUCCAAUCCCGACUUCGCUCAACUCUGCAACGAGAGUACUGGGGGCGUUCCUCUAAUUACCUUCACUCCAACAAAGAACGCCAAGGCCGUAAAAGACGGCUUGAUUCCGCCCAAGUUCCUGCGAGUUAAGGCCACAGCGCACAAGCGAGCCGCGUGUGCUUCCGAGGCUACCAACUUGACUCCAAAAUCGCCACCAGUGGACGAAGAAGAAGCCGACAACACCAGGGAAUCCACCACAGCCAGUGGCGCCGAUUUGGACGUGGAUUUGGACAAGCAUGGUGGCAAUGAUGCUGCUGUCCAGCCCCAGACCUCUUCUGACCAACCAGAAGAACAGGAUAGUUCGCCUCUACUUGGCAAGCGUCGGAGGAAGCGGGAGUCAGAGACUGAGGAGGUCACCUCAAAACGCCCCAAAACGGUCCUCAAUUAUAGCAAUGCUGCAACUGAAGCCCAGCACACUGAGACUAAAAAACCCGCCGGCUUAAAACAAGCCAAACUACCUUUCACGAAGAAGGGUGGAAGUGCCAGUCGGUGUCAAACUCGAGCGAGUUCUCGCACCUCGCCGGCUGCCUCUUCCUCAUCUAGGCACACUCGGAAACCUACUUAA